AAGGAGGGGGUUUGACUGGAAUACCGCAGUUAACUGUACGGAUACCAGUACCAGUACAGUAUCGCACCAUGGAAUAUCAUGGCAUAUCAACAACAGCGUUAUUCCGAGCUUGUUGUCUAUCCUUCCCCUUUACCCUGCGUUCCCCUUCUUUCGAACUUGCUGUACUGCUUUCCUCUUUGCCACUGUUUCCGUGGCUCUUCCUUCCUAUCAUAGGCUUUCUAUAUUCGGCCAGCCCCCAUUGCUUACUUCCCUCGUUCGGAGAUGUCACCUUUUAACACUUUCACCGUUGCUUCGGCUGCUGCCCCGACAAUAGUCGGUACUGCUUUCUCUCAUGUGCGACGAGCCAAACCCCUCCUUUUCUUGCGUGUUGAGCCGUCCAACAAACAAAGAACAAAAGAAAGAAAGAAAGAAACUAAUCCAAACUACCCUAGUUCCUCGAUAAUAAUAAACUCCUAGAAAACACACCGAAAGCUAGUCUCUCCUACCACGAAGGCGUCGAGCUCAUCCGAAAGUUCCUGAUCCACGCAUCGCAACACACCGUCGAGCAGUUACAGGCCUUCACCGCGCAGUACGUCCCACAUCCUAUUUGGGUGCACACCGAGGAUGAAUCUAUUCCUGCCGAGUUCUUGGAAAGGUCUGCCGCGCACGUCGUCGAACAGCUUGGUACAGAUGGCGUCGAGAGGGUCGGGGGCAAGCAGUGGUGGAAGUGGACGCCGAAGAAGUUGACUGCCGAAUGGAUAGAGAUGAGGAAAGACUGGUGGACCCGAACCAGGCACCCGGAAAUUCUGCCGAGAACUAUGUUCUAUGUUCAUGGAGGUUUGUCUCGGGCUUGGCCUGGUUGUGAAAGGGACAGGUUAGAGCUGAUAUCGUAUUCUCGCUUACUAUAGGCGGUUACUUUUUCGGGAGUGUCGAUGAACAUAGGUAUCAGUUACAGAGACACGCCCGGAAGCUCAAGGCUAGAGUGUUUGCACGUACGGAAUCUUUCGCAGUAUUCAUUGACCUGCGCUCAUUCUGUCUGGUUGUUCUAUAGCACGGUACCGUCUUGCCCCGCAAUUCCCAUUUCCAUGCGGUACGUCGCCUUCAAGCGUCAGGUUGUGGUGGAUGUUAACAAGGACCACAGCAAUCUACGAUGCGCUCGCAUGUUAUCUCUAUUUGAUAUCAAUUCAAAGCCCCGAAACAGUCAUCGUGGCCGGCGACUCGGCCGGUGGAGGGAUGCUACUAUCUCUCUUGGUGAUCCUCCGGGAUCAGGGACUCCCAAUGCCUGCCGGGGCUGUCUUGAUUAGUCCUUGGGUAGACCUCUGCCAUAGCUUCCCUAGCAUCGUCGCGGGUAAGUUAAGAUUGAAAGUGCGAGGAACGGCGGGGUUUAAACCACUCGAGUGAUUCUUGAUGACCGAGUCCUGAACCCUUUGGUGGCAGCGACUGACAAACAGCCAGGAAAUGAACAUGAUUUCAUGCCACCCCACGGAUUCUUCCACAAGCCUUCACGGGCCUGGCCGCCCCCGACCGGAGAAGAUGUCGAAGCUCCAACGGAUUCGGAAAAACCACCGAUAAUCCCCGUCCACAAAAAAGCCGUAACAAUAGCUGGGAACUUGGUAACCCUCAAGGACCAGAUCCACAUGUACACCACAAACGAUCUAAUGGACCAUCCCCUCGUCUCCCCAGUCCUACAGAGCACCCUCGGCGGCCUCCCGCCGCUACUAAUAAUGACUGGCGGCGGUGAGAUCCUUAGAGACGAGCAAAUCUACAUUGCGCACAAAGCCGCCGGCCCUGACAAGUACCCAACCUGGCCCGAUCAUUUUGCUAAAGACCCAUCGGGGCGCCAGGAAGCAGCGCUGGAGAAAAAUUACCCCCCGACAAGAGUCUGGCUACAGGUCCACGACGGCUGCUGCCACGUCACGCCCACACUCUCCUUCACCCGCCCAGCGAAACUGAUGUUCCGCGUGAUAGCGCACUUUGGUGCAUGGGCGCUGUCGAACGCGACGAGCACGAGCAUAAAAGUCGACGAGGACGACGACAUCUCCCUGAUCUCCACGGACGAGAAUAGCGCCGUCCCACCGGGCCACCACAAAUUGCGCCAGACCGGCACGAUCAAGGGGUCCAAUUCCCAGAACGUGCCCCCCUUUGAGGACAACAUGAUCAGACAGCGGGUCGACCACCAGGGCCGCAUCUUCGAAUUGCCCCCCGUGCAGGAACUCCCCGGGAUGCAGUUGGCGCCCGACCAGAUUGGUGUUAUCAAGCCGGAACCAGUGCGCAGGUGGCUGGAGGCGAAGACUAAGUCGGAUGCUAAAUUCUCGAAGGCUAUGAAGGGGGUUGAGAAGAAGCGCGCAAAGGAAAUGCUCGCUAUGCUGCAGGAGGAAAAGCCGGAAGGGGAGGAAGGGAGGGAGAGGCCUCCUCCCAGCGCGCUCUUCGGAAGAAUGAAGAGGGAGAAGGUCGGCGAAGGGGCGGCUGCUGCCGCUGCUAGCGGUGGCAUCGGAAGGUCGAGUCUUGGGCUAAGGUUUUGGAGCCUGAUGGGGUAUAGUCAUGAUGAGAAGACGGUGAGAAGUUUCCUUUCUCUUUUCCUCCCUUUCUCCCCCGUGGAGAGAGCUUGAAACUGACUGUAUUCGGGAUGGGCGGGAUAGAUGGCUAGAGAAGAAAAGGCGGAAGCGAAAGCGGAGGUGGCCGAAGGCGCACAGCGCUCCUCCGGCGCUAUUCGCAAAAAAGAUGAGUAGAUUAGACUAGCAGUAUCAUAUCAUUGCUUGUCGAAUGGGGUAUGACACGAAAGAACACAGAUAUUUCCUUCCACCACCUCUUUCCUUCCUUAGCAUUUGCCCUUUCAUUCCUGUAUUCCCCUCCUCCUCCUGUAGGAGUAUGUAUUAGGCCACCAGUUUUGUUCCUAUAGAGUGACGACUCUUGUCUGGGCGCC